AUGAAAAAACAGUGGAGAGAACUAUCCAUCCUGAAACAAAAUUUUCUCAUUCAAAUCCGCCAACUUUCCACGAACCACCCCAAAAAUCAUUUCCUUACAAAACCCAACUGGUCAGUAAAAUUUCUUUUACCGUCCACCACAGCAUCAAAUGAUAUUAUAAUCGACGACAAAGCUUUAUCACAUCUGCUGCGGCUUUCAAGCCUCCGAAUGCCAUCCGAUGAUGCAGCUAAGAAAAGAUUGGUAUCGGAUAUCAAUACAUUAUGUAAUUUUGUAAAGCACAUUCAAGAAGUAGAUGUUGAAAACGUCGAGCCAUUAAGAAGCAUAUGGCCGCGGAACACUAGUUUGAUGACGAGGGAGGAUAUUGAAAAGGAAGACAUUUCCGGGGAGGAAUUACUUAAAUGUGCAGAAAAGACGCACGGAAAGUUUUAUGUGGUUGACAACCCAAAGACUUCUUGA